AUUGAUCACUGCUCGUUAUCUUUUCAUUGGAAAUAUUUAAGAUUUAGCUUAUUUAGCCAAACAGCACACUUAUUGUAAAAUCAAUGAGAAAAAGUCAAACACAUGUGGGACUAAAACUUAUGAUGUGUAUAUAUUUGCAUCCAAACGCCUUAAUCCAUUGGUCCUUAGCGUAUAGUGAACAAAACUAAAAGGACAACGAAUACGUGAGUGAUAUUCGUUUCAUAAUGUAACGUCCUUCCGUUAGAAUGAAUGAGAAGACCUUCAGCUCAUUGAAAACCACAAUCAAUUUCAGCAACAAUAUCAGGUUAUGUUGUGAAAGCCGAACAUGAUUUCCACGUGCCCCUCGAGUGACUCCAUUUUCUUUUGAGAUACAAUAGACGAUGAUAUAAUCCCAGUAUCAUCACACGAUAAAUCAGUGAACAGUCAAACCAUUAAUACGUGGAAUUAAUAAUCAUGUAACUUCGAUAGGAAUCCAUGGCUUUAAUGGACUUUGAUGAAUUAGCAAUAUUCAAUUUUUAUGGCAGAUGCACUUGUUUAAGUAUGGGCGGGGAAAAAAAGAACGUGAAACAUGCUUUUAAAAAAUUCCAAUUCCAAGAUAUUUGGUUCAAAUGGUAAAUGCGUGAUGAAUGAAUUAGGCAGAUUCCAAACAUGUGUUAAAAACCACUCUUAUCACCAUUAAUUAGUUUCAUGCACGCAGUUUUAGAUUGACAAGUAUUGUUUCGAUGCAUUGGAAAACUGUUAGGUAGUAAAGGUCAAUUUGAUAAUGCAACAACCUUUGAAUGAAUCAAUCUUCCGAAUGAAUUAAAAGAUUUUGAAUAUUACAAUUUUUGAUCGAGUCUAGCCGUCUACGUUACAGUUACUACCACGGUUUUGUAAUUAUCAUGACAAUGUAAGAACAGGCGCAUUAGCUCCUAGAAAAGUAACCUUACUGCAAUAGCAGGUCCUACACCCUGAAGUGCCCGUACUGUAAAAAAAAACCACCAGGCCGGUGUAAAUUGUAAUGUAUUAAGCAGCCAUUGCUAAGUAAAUGUCAUUAAAAGUCCACAAACAGUAAGUAUCUAGUUAACAUUGAAAAUUAUAAAAGAAACCAGUACCAUAGCAAAGUAUAUGUUCAUGAACAGGAUGUUGCACUUAUCGCCAUUCACCAUACUCCUGAAGAAUAGUACGGAACCGUUUACUAUCAAAACACUGGAAAUAUUGAUAUUGAUAAACAUCCAAGCGAUUAACAGGGUCAGGAACCUGUAAACAGGUUAAUUCCGAACUCAUAACGUAAUACUAACAUCGUGCACCAAAUCCAUGAAACUCUACGAGAAAAAUCUCAUAUUUACAUGUACAAUUCAAGAUUAUACAUGUAUAGACCUCUCCUAAUAUGCAUUAUUUAUUUUAAUCUGUUUGGUAUAGAAGAUUAUCAAAAUAUUAGAAAUUAUUAAAAUUCUGGACUUUGGCAUGCGUAAAACCACCGACACUGUCAGUUAUCAUAGACCUGUAUCAGAAUUGAAAUAUAUGAAGUUUAAAGGUUAGUAGCAACUGAGAUUAGCAAACAUGGGGUAUAGCAUUGACAAUCAAAUAUUCAUGAACAAAUUCAAAUGCAACUAAAAAAAUACAUGCAGCUUAUGUUAAGUACAUUACAAUUACGUUUAGUUUGAAAGAUUUGCACUUAAUUCCACGAAUUAGGUAUUUACCAAGCCAAUUUCUGCAUACAGGUGAAAUGGUCUAGAGGAAUGAAUGGUUGCCGAGAGUAUACUGACCAACCAGGGUUCCUUUGUAUUUCUUGAUGAUAUCCAUACAUUUCGAGGAAAUAAAAUUAAGGUUGCUUCCCAGACGAACAGCAGAGUUACACGAGGUAAUGGAUUAUCAUGAACAUUUGCUACGUAACAUAACAAUAGCAAUGCUUGUUAGCGAGAAACUGCACACUAAAGCAAUUCAUUAUAUCUUUCAACAAUAAGAUAAUUGCAUAAAUCAAUCAAGAUUAGAAUGCGUGUCCGGUGAAUGCGGAAGAGGAAGUUAUUACUUGUGAUUUGUCAAGGCCGACGACGUGCGACAUAUUUGGAUUCGCAUACUUCAAGACACUGCAAAGACAAUACGCCAGAAAGAACUGCUUGAAAUUGUUCCUCUCUGUUAGUAGCUCAAAAGCAAUUAGACUCAUUCUAAUACACAACAGCUUGGCUCUCCAUAUUAGGCGGGAGGUGUCGCUAAACUUUGCUGGGGGACGUUGCUGCUUGUUUUCCUCUUCCUGUUGCUAUGUUAUUGUUAGCAUCUGAUUAAUAUUGAUAAGUCCCGAGUCUACCUGUGCGUAGGAUUAUGACAUCAUAGCAAUACUUUCGUACAACCCUUUUCCUCAGCCUUCUAUGACUCUACUUUGCUAUCAGAUUUCUUACUAUCUGUGCAUUUUUUCAUCCUAGCGACCCCUGGCGGAGCACUCGUUGUAUAUAACGUAUUGAAGAGUAGUAUUUAAGCAUUCAUUCGGGCGUUCAAGUUAGUCUGCCUCAAGUCUAUAGCCAGUGCCGAGCUUUGGAAUAGAACAGCUCUUUUUCGAAAACUUGUUUUCUGUAUUGUGUAAAUCAACAUGAUGGAUUACGAUUCCGAUGUUUCCACCAAAGUUGUAAGGGUGAACCGCACCUACAACGUCUAUCGCGGUACUUCACCCUCCACACAAAACAGAUUAGAGGCACGCAUCCGGGAACUGGAGGAUGCUUUGGACGGAGAACGCGAUACCAGACUGAGAUUCGAGAAACAAUGUGCCGAGCUGACUUUCCAACUGGACCAAAUGUCCGACCGACUUGAGGAAGCUUCAGGAAUGUCAUCUUCACAGUUGGAGAUCAACAGAAAGAGGGAAUCAGAAUUAAUUAAACUGCGCAAAGACAUAGAAUUAGUCAAUGCCCAGUUCGAGUCAACGGAAUCCAGCAUGCGCAAACGUCACCAAGAUGCUCUCAACGACCUUGCUGACCAACUUGAAUAUAUGACAAAAACCAAAGGACGAGUAGAGAAAGAGAAGAGCCAAUUGCUCAUUGAAAUCGAUGUCAUUCAAACCGAGAACGAGGGUCUCAGUAAAGCAAAGGCCUCAGCUGAUGCCAGAAUUGACGCUUUGGAGGGAUCUGUUUCCAGACUCAAGGUUCAGGUUGAUGACCUUACCCGCCAAAACAACGAUCUCAAUGGAUUAAAGGGUAGACUCACUCAGGAGAAUUUCGAUCUUCAACAUCAGGUGCAGGAAUUGGAUGCUGCCAAUGCCGGCCUCGCCAAAGCCAAAUCUCAACUUCAAGUCCAAUUGGACGACUUGAAGAGAAACUUGGAUGACGAGAGCAGGCAACGCCAGAACCUGCAGGUUCAGCUCAGCGCCCUGCAGAGUGACUACGAUAACUUGAACGCCCGCUAUGAGGAAGAAUCUGAAUCCGCCUCCAACCUUCGUGCCCAACUCAGCCGUGUCAACGCAGAAUUUGCUGCCCUCAAGACCAGAUAUGACAAAGAACUUCUGGCCAAAACCGAGGAGAUGGAAGAAAUGAGACGCAAGUUGUCCGUCAGGAUCCAGGAGUUGGAGGACCUUCUCGAACAGUCCCGCCUUAGAUGCACCAAUCUCGAGAGGACCAAGUCCAAGCUCACUGCCGAACUCAAGGAAGUCACCAUUGAACUUGAAAAUUGUCAAAUAAUUAUACAAGACCUCACCAAGAGAAACAGACAGCUGGAGAACGAUAAUGCUGCCCUUCAGAAACGCGUGGAUGAAUUGUCUGCUGAGAAUGCUCAACUCCGCAACGACAAACACGCCCUCGAACAAGAGGUCUACAGACUCAAGGUUUCCAACGCUGAGCUCUCAGAGAAGAACGCUAAUCUUGAGAGGGAGAACAAAAAUCUUAGCGAUCAACUCCGUGAAGCUAACCAAGCCCUCAAGGAUGCCAACAGGUUGAUCAAUGAGUUGAACGCCGCCAAGGCCGCCCUUGAAGCUGAGCGCGACAACCUUGCUGCCGCUCUCCGUGACACGGAGGACGCUCUCCGCGAUGCUGAAGCUAAACUUGCCGCAGCCCAAGCCGCCCUUAACCAGCUUCGCGCCGAAAUGGAACAGAGGCUCCGUGAAAAGGAUGAGGAAAUCGACAGCAUCAGGAAGAGCAGCGCCCGUGCUAUUGAAGAACUCCAGCGUACCCUUGUGGAGGUAGAAACCCGCUACAAGACCGAAAUCAACCGCAUCAAGAAGAAAUACGAAACUGACAUCCGGGAACUUGAAGGUGCUCUUGACAACGCCAACCGAGCCAAUGCUGAAUACCUUAAACAGAUCAAAUCUCUCCAACACCGUGUCAAGGACUUGGAAAGCGCCUUAGAAGAGACCCAACGCCAACUCGACGACUGCAGAGGUCAACUCUCUAUCUCCGAGAGGAAACGCAUCUCCCUUCAACAGGAACUCGACGACUGUCGAUCCCUCCUCGACGCUGCCGAGAGAGCUCGCAAGAAUGCCGAGACUGAACUUGGAGAGACAUCCCAGCGCCUUACUGAAGUCCAACUCCAGAUCACUGUCAUCAGCAACGAUAAACGCCGCUUGGAAGGAGACAUCGCCGCCAUGCAGAGCGACCUUGAUGAUGCCCUCAACGCCCAGAGGGCCGCCGAGGAGCGUGCUGACCGUCUUGCAGCUGAGGUCCACAGACUUGCUGGAGAACUCCACCAGGAACAAGAGAACUACAAGAACGCCGAAAGUCUGCGCAAGCAACUCGAGAUUGAAAUCCGCGAGAUCACUGUGAGACUUGAAGAGGCCGAAGCAUUCGCCACCCGUGAAGGAAAGAGACAGAUUGCCAAGCUCCAAGCCAGAAUUCGCGAUUUGGAGGCUGAACUGGAAGCUGAGCAGAGACGUCUCCGCGAGACCGCCGCCAACAUGCGUAAAUAUGAGCGCCAGUACAAGGAAAUCGUCACCCAGGCCGAGGACGACCGCCGUCAAGUAGCUGAGCUUAGCAGUCUCGUCGACCAACUCACCAUCAAAAUCAAGACAUACAAACGCCAGAUUGAUGAGGCUGAGGAUGUAGCCAGCUUGACAAUGAACAAAUACCGCAAGGCUCAACAGUUGAUUGAGGAGGCUGAACACCGUGCCGACAACGCCGAGAAGAACCUUGCCGCCGUCCGCAGAACACGAUCCAUGUCUGUUACACGAGAAGUCACUAAGGUCAUCAAAAUCUAAAUGCAUGUAGAUAUCUUAGGAGGCAUAUAUCAUCAUUCAAGAGACAUAUUAAAAAAUUCGCGCAACGCAAAAUAUGAUGAUGUUACAGAGACUAUAUUCCGAAAUUUCCCUUGUACAGAUUAUUUAUUUUUGUUAUUUAUAAGUGCUGGAGCCUAAAGCAAUGCGUGUUUGCUGCAUGACGUUAAGUUAUAUUCGUAUAAAAGGAGGGAGUUGAUAAGCCAUAGCUCGGCACGGCAAUUAUAGCAACAGAUGGCGCUGACGGCAGACCUAAACACACAACCGUACAACGUAAUCAGAUUCCUCCACGCAAAUGAAAGAAACACGCGGCAAGAGUGAAUUUCUACAAACUGUGCAAUAAUUUUUUUUCCAUUGUGAUAUUAAAGUACUGCUAUAUUUAGAGUACUUUAUGUUGAUAUUUUAUUUAUUGAAAUGAUUACUAGUAUAUAGCGUUAAUAAAGAGAGGACUGUUGAUAACGCGUCAUCUCUUUGUAUGGUUGAAACUUCUGUAUAAUGAUUGUUGUGUUCUGGUGUACAAAAGUAUCAUUGUAUUUUACAGUAUUUCAAAAUAUCUUUGUUUUUUUUUGUUUUAUUCAAGGAAGAAAAUAUGAAUAUGACUUCAAUUUUUGAAAAAAAAUGUUUCCCUUGCUACAAUAAAUUCCGUCACUGUUGCUUUUGAUA